CGGGGAGACAGUUUGGUGCGCUGGAGAAGAAGAAGAGUUGCUAGAGGGGGCAACUGCCAGCCCCGCUUGGUCGGGCAGCCGCGGAGGACUUCAAAGGAUAAAGAAAUGUAAAUCCUCCCCAGUAUCUCAUGAAAGAUUAACACUGGAUUGUGGAGAUUGUCAAUUCCGGCAAAUGCCAGCAUGUACAGACCAGGGGACAAAGUGAAGCGUUGGAUGAAUAUUUAUGGUUCUAAUAUAAGAUCUGUUGAAGUGGCUAGAGGGAGAGCAGGAUAUGGAUUCACCCUUUCUGGACAAGCUCCCUGCGUUCUUAGUUGUGUUUUGAAAGGAAGCCCUGCUGACUAUGUGGGACUUAAAGCAGGAGACAAAAUAUUUGCAAUAAAUGAAAUUAAUGUGAAAAAGGCCUCCCAUGAAGAUGUGGUGAAGCUAAUAGGCAAAUGUUCUGGGGUUUUACAUAUGGUGAUUGCUGAAGGGGUUGGCCACACUGACUCCUGUUCAAGCGAUGAAGAAGUUGGGUUUUAUGAUGGGAAAGGGUGGCUGAAACCAAAACCUGACUCAAAAGUGUUGGGAAUAAACAGAGCAGAAAAGGUAGUUGAAGAAAUGCAGUCUGGUGGAAUUUUCAACAUGAUCUUUGAAAAUCCUACCGUUUGUGCUGGUAACGUGAAGACCUCAUCAAGAAAGCAAAUGCCAGCACAUGACUCUCCUACUAUAAGACUAGAAUUGGGACCUGAAAAUGUAAACAACAACCCAAAAGUGCUUUACAACGAGGAGCUCUGCAAAGCCUUGGCUGAUGAUUCAGUUUUUAAAAUUGGAUUGGAAAACCAGGAAUGUUUUGGCUUAGAUGCAAGUAUUUUAAAUGUGGCUGUGGUGGUGGGCUACCUAGGAUCAAUUGAACUUCCCUCUUCAAAUUCAAAUCUGGAAUACGACAGUUUGCAGGCUAUUCGUGGAUGCAUGCGACGUCUUCGGGCAGAACAAAAAAUCCAUUCAUUGGUGAUGAUGAAGAUUAUGCAUGACUGUAUUCAACUCUGUAAUGAUAAAUCUGGGGUGGUUGCAGAGUAUCCUGCAGAGAAGCUAGCAUUUAGUGCUGUAUGCCCUGAUGACAGAAGAUUUUUUGGGCUAGUUACAAUGCAGACCAUUGAUGAUACAAGUUUGGCUCAGGAAGAUGAAGCUGUUUUGAGGACAUCGUGUCAUGUAUUCAUGGUGGAUCCAGAACUGUUCCAUCAUAAAAUCCACCAGGGCAUCGCACAUCGUUUUGGGUUGGAAUGCACAGCAGACCCAGACACUAAUGGCUGUCUGGAAUUUCCAGUGUCAUCUCUACCUGUCCUUCAGUUUGUCUCUGUUUUGUACAGGGAUAUGGGGGAAUUGAUUGAGGGAGUGCGGGCAAGGGCCUUUCUUGAGGGAGAUGGAGAUGUUCAUCAGAAUAACAGUAUGAGCAGUAAUAGUGAUAGCGGUAUUGGAAAUUUUAAUCACGAAGAGAAAAGUAAUAGAGUUUUGGUAGUUGAUCUAGGAGGCAACUCAACUAAACAUGUUCCGAGUAGUAUGCGAGAUAAUCCAGUAGGUAGAGGUCAAGCUGUUUCCCACUGGAAUACUUUUGGUCAUGAACAAGAAGGAAACUCUGCUUUAGAAGUCAUAUUGCAGAAUGAUAAAUCCCAAAAUCUAAAUAAGUUUCUAGGUCCUUCAGCACGCAUUGAAGUUCCUCUAGUUUCCUCUCAAAGUUCAGUUCCAUCAUGCAAGAAAAAUUUUGUGGGCGCGUCCAAUCAGAGAUGGCUGCCGGUCCAUGUGUUAAAAGAUUGGCAACAUGCGUGUGUAAGUGACCAAGAGUCGUACACGGAUUCUACAGAUGGCUGGUCAAGUGUUAACUGUGGUACUCUUCCCCCUCCCAUGAGUAAGAUUCCUGCUGACAGAUACAGAGUAAAUGGCAGCUUUGGUCAGCCUCAUCUAAUGUCUCAAAAGAGUGAGUGGUCUAAAAAAGGUUUUCAUAUGCAAAACACAUUUGACUCUCAACACUGUGUCAGAAAAGCCAAGGAAGAUAAAAAGCAUGCAAAGUUCGGGCACACACAAGCUCCCCAACGUUCCUCUGCUAGAAGAUCAUUUGGCCGGUCGAAAAGAUUCAGCAUUACUCGUUCACUUGAUGAUCUUGAGUCUGCAGCUGUGUCUGAUGGAGAGCUAAAUAGCACAGAUUUGAAAGACUGUGUCAGUGACAAUAGCCUCAGCAGCAAUGCCAGUCUGCCAAGCGUCCAGAGCUGCCGUCGACUUCGUGAACGGAGAGUUGCCAGCUGGGCAGUUUCAUUUGAACGGCUUCUUCAGGAUCCAGUUGGCAUCAGGUAUUUCUCUGAAUUUUUACGGAAGGAAUUCAGUGAAGAAAAUAUUUUAUUUUGGCAGGCCUGUGAAUAUUUUAACCAUGUACCCUCUCAUGACAAAAAAGAGCUUUCUUUCAGAGCUCGGGAGAUUUUUAACAAAUUUUUAUGUAGCAAAGCUACAACCCCAGUGAAUAUUGACAGCCAGGCCCAGUUGGCGGAUGAUGUUCUCAAUGCACCACAUCCUGAGAUGUUCAAGGAUCAACAGCUUCAGAUUUUCAACUUGAUGAAAUUUGACAGCUAUACACGUUUUCUGAAAUCCCCGCUUUAUCAAGAAUGUAUUUUGGCAGAAGUAGAAGGCCGUCCUCUUCCUGAUCCACAGCAUGUUCCCAGCAGUCCAACUUCUAAGCACAGUUUUGGUUCUGAGCGGUCCAAUAUUUCAACACCGAAAAAGUUAAGUGGAAAAUCGAAGUCUGGGCGAUCCUUAAAUGAAGAAUCGGGAGAGGAAGACUCUGAGAGAAAGAAAAAAGGGACCUUUUUCUCGUGGUCUAGAAGCAAGAGUAUGGGGCGAUCACAGAAGAAAAAGGAGAAUGGGGAUUAUCCAAACGAUUCUGUACAUACCAAUGGGUUGUCUUAUAGACACGAAUCUCAAGACUCGUUGUCAUCAGCUGCAAGUCUUGAAUUGUUUGACUCCUGCAGGGCAUCAGUGCCUACAGCCGAGAAAGAGAAAUCUUCCAAAUGCUGCCAUAUAAAUCUUCCAGAUGGCUCCUCCUAUACAAUGACAGUUCGAGCUGGAUUCUCAAUCAAAGAGAUGUUGUCGGGGUUCUGCGAGAAACAUGCCAUUAACUUAGCUGGAGUAGAUCUCUUCUUAAUUGGUGGAGAUAAGCCCCUUGUGUUGAAUCAGGACAGCAACAUUUUAGAUUCUCGAGUUCUUCGUUUAGAAAAGCGUACUUUGUUUCGACUGGAUCUUGUUCCCAUCAAUAGAUCUGUUGGCUUAAAGGCUAAACCCACCAAACCGGUAACAGAAGUCCUUCGGCCAGUAGUUGCAAAAUAUGGUUUAAAUCUUAAUCACCUUGUGGCAAGGCUAAAUGGUGAACAGGAGCCAUUAGAUCUUGGUGUUCCCAUCUCCAAUCUGGAUGGACAGCGGGUUAUUCUCGAUGAAAAGCUGCCAACAAAGGGGAAAGACCAGGGAAAGGGGGCAUCAGUAAAACACAAUGCAACUGUAACUUCUAACGCAAGAACUCAAGUGUCUACAGGAGAGGGAAGAACUCUAGGAAAGUCUAAUUCUAUUAAAAUAAAAGGAGAAAGUGGAAAAAAUGCUAGGGAUAUCCGUCUAGCAAAAAGAGAAGAAUGUAUUGCACAGACUGGGAAAAAAAAGUGUCAGAAAAUUAAUUUGGACGAAGCAGAGGAAUUUUUUGAACUCAUCUCCAAAGUGCAAAGUAACAGAGCAGACGACCAGCGAGGGCUACUGAGAAAAGAAGACCUGGUUUUGCCUGAUUUUCUCCACCUGCAGCCUUGUGGGGCUGCACCUUCUUCUUCCACCCCCGAAAGAUCUCAAGACUAUAACAAGAGGACUGUACAACCCGAGAUCAAGGAAGGACACUUGCAGCCGAGUUGCAAAACGGACUUAAUGAAGAACAGCAGUGAAAGUUCACUGCUCAAAAUUGGGCCUUCGGAAAGCAAACAGAAACUGUCCUUGCUAGCCUCUCACAACAGCCAGAAGAGCUGCAGUGUUCCUUUCAGUGCACCCCUCUCUCCAAUUCCACCUUUCCAGCCUGACACUGUACGGAAAAGACAGUCCAAAGAACUGCUGGCAGAAAGUAUACAGACAGUUGAGGAUGAGAACAUGGCAGAUACAACUCUGGUGUCCGAGGGAGACAUUAGCAGUCCCAACAGUACGCUGCUGCCACUGCAGCCGUCGCCACCCGCUUCUUCAGACAAAAGCACUCUUGCAGAAGUCAUGCAUCCCCCUCCAGUUUUACUAACAGGUGUAACCCACAAACAGAAAGCCAUUGUGCAUGUACCUGGAGGCACCCUUCAUGAUCAGAGCUCAAAGAAAAUUAAUCAAGGCUUUAACUCUGGUGGAAUUAGGAAAAAAACCUUCAGAAAUGAACUCCCUGUAAAUGGAAUAAUAGAUGUGGAUGGAAUAGCACGGGACGAUGGCCUCGAACACACUUGUGAUGAACCAGAAGGGAGCCUCAGUUUUGAAGGUUUCAUGUCAGAGUUGAAAUCCUGCCAGGGGAGGAUGCGAACAGGAGUGUAUAAGACAUCAGAGCUCCCAUCUCUUAUUGCUGUUAAGAAUGAGAAAAAUAAGAACGAUGAGAAGCAAUACAAAGCAACGUUUGUUUAAGGCUUUUACAUGCUCGGUUCCAGUAUUCCCAUUCACCCACCCCUCUCUGAGCAUUACAGGCUUGAGUUGACUUAACCCAUCAGUUCCAUCAAGGUGCUCAGAGACCUCAGCAGCACCUGUUGCUUCAAUGCACAAAUAGCACUGUUCACAGUUAGUGAGAGAGUAACAUUUGUUGGCAGCAUUUUGAGAAAAUCGAAGCAGACGAUGAAACUUGUUAGCAAAAUUUACCUUAAUUAAUUUGCCCAUGUUGCUUUGUAGAGGUUUACGCAGGCUAUAAAAAUCUGAGCCAGUCUCUGGACAUUCCCUUUCAGAGAUAAGUAUUUGCACUGAAUGAAGACCUCUUUAGUCUCUCCUGAUCUUCAUCAAUGAAGGUGUAGAGGCCCUUGUGCUAAACUGAACUGGUAGCUCCCUGAAUAAACUAUCCCUUCUUGCCCUGGUUCCUUUCCCAUUUCUGUUCUGAAUUACAAGGAGAUCAUUUCAGUAUGGGCUAGUCUAAUUGAUAUAGGGCUUCACAGUGAUUUUAUAUGAAAGGUACGCCACCUGCACCUCUGAGUCCAGUAUUGGGAAUUACAUUUCUGUUUGAUAGUUUCAGGUAGAAGAACCAGAUUCAGGUCCAGUAGCACCAAUCUAGUUGGUCAGUAAGGUUCUACUGGACCUGAAUCUUGCAUUUCUGUUUGACAUGGGAUGGCAUACCUUUUGAUACAGAUUAGACUUUGAUUGCUGGAUUUGACUGAGCACAGAGCCUAGGCAUUCAUCAUGAUGUCAAAAAAAAAUUUCAAGCUGUUUUCUUGGCAAGAUGCCUGGAACGCACAGGAUGGUGAGCCAAAAACAGGCAAUGUGGGGAAACAGCUCUUCUCUGCCCGGAACCUUGGGAUUAAAAUUGUAUGUAGUCUUGAGCUGCAUUUCACAAACCAGCCCUGAGACUGUUUUGAAACACAGAGAUCUGUGUUGAGGCAAGGGUUUGGGGAAUGACAGCAUCUCAUCUUCCUAUUGUUAGUGUGUGAUUCGUUCCCUCUGUUCUGUCCCAGGAGUCUAGUCAGCAAGGCAGGGGAAAGGAGACUUCUGUUGCUGCUUGUUAAUCAUUCUCUGCCCCAGUAGCCCAGACAUGCUUUGGUUUUUUUAAAAGCUUCAUUCUAGCUGAGUUAUGUUGUUACUAGACAUGGGCACGAACCAGAAAAAACCCAAACCAUGGGGUUCGUGGUUUGUGAGGUUUCCAUGAACCACGAACGGGCAUGGAACUGGCCCAAUUAGGAACCAGUUCGUGGUUCAUGGUUUGUGGGGUGUAAAUGCCCCCUUUCCAGCAGGGAAAGAGGCAUUUAAUAGUUUAAGGGGCCCUUUCCUGCCGCUUGCAAGGGGCAGGACCCUUUAAACUAUCAGCUGGCAGGCAGGGGGAUCCCCCCUGAGCCCCCAGCCCAAACCUGAGCCCA